AUGUGGCGCCAAGUCUUGCGGACGCCUGCGGCCAGGCUCGGCCCGUCCACUCGCACGUACAGUGCGCCGCCCCUACAGACGGUCAACGCUACGAAGAAGACGCCGCUGUCUGACGCGAAGCUUCCGAGCGGUGCGAAGCCCGUAGCGUCUGCUGGAGACUCAAGCUCAGCCGGCGCGUCGGUGGUGAAAAAGGGGCUUCUAUUGGGGCUUUUGUCGUCUCCUGUGGCUGUGGCUCUGUACGUGAAGCAGAACGAAGAGUGGGACCCGCCGUUGCUGAGACAUGACGAGCGCUGGAUCAAGUUUCGCGAGCUGGUGCUGGGGCCGGCGGUGGUCAUGGGGAACGAGCCGGUGGUGGCGAAGAGGGACUUGGCGGAUGACUUGAGUGCAGCGAUUACGAGGGGACAGCAGGACGUGGAGAAGGAGAAGCAGGAAAAUAAGGUAAUGGAGGAGGAGGAGGAGAAGAAGAGGAAGAAGAAGGAGGAGGUGAUGGAGGAUGAGGAGAAGAAGAAGAGGAAGAAGAUGGAGGGGGAGAAGGGGAAGCAGGAGAAAAAGGACAAGAAGGAUAAGAAAAAGAAGGAGAAAGUGAAGGAGACGGAUGAGAAGGAGAAGAAGGGGAGGAAGGAGAAGAAAAAGAAGAGUGAGAAGAAGGGUGAGAAAGAGGUGGAAAAGGCAGAGAAGAAGCUGGAGAAGGCGGAGCAUAAAGCGGAAAAGGCGAUGAUGAAGGUUGAAAAGCUUAAGGAGAAGGUGGGUGGCAAGAAGAAUGUGAUUGGAGAGGUAGACGACGCAGCGCAGAAAAGGGGAAGCGAGGUCAAGGCGGUUGGAGCUACUGUGGCUGCUGCCGCUACUGCGAUUGGGAACAAGGUCGAUUUGGCCACAGUUAAGGCUCGUGAAGAGAUUGCCAAGCUUAGUGAUGAGGUCAGCCCCGAGCACCUUACCCAUGAGAUGGAGAAGCAGAUCCAGGCUACCACGAACGACCUGCUGAGCUCACUGAAAGCCGAGUCGGAGGCAGCCACUGCCGAGAUCAACGGGCAGUACCUGGCUGGAAUUGAUGAACUCGACGCUGAUGCGCUGGCGAUCCGUGUUGCGCAGCUGGCGACCGAGAUGAAGUAUCGCUCGAAGUGGGAAGCUGUACGUCUGUUGGAGUCGCUUCGCCGCAUGGAGGAGGAUGCCCAAAAGAAAAGCGCAGAAGUGUUACGCCGCCAAGACGAGCUACACAAGGAACUGCUCGCCCGUGAGCUGCGCUUGCAAGAAGAGCUGCUGUCCCGUCAAUCCCGUGAGGAGAUGUCUGCCCUCAAGAAGCAGUAUGCUGAUGACCUGGCGCGCAACGUAAACGAGCAGCGUGCAAGCUUGCUAUCGGAACUGCAACGCACCUUCGCCCGUGAGAGCAAGGCGAUCGAGGCGCGGUGCGCUCAGCAACUGGAGAGCGUGACAGAGAAGAUGCAGAAGACGCUGGCAGAUGAACGUGAGAAACGAGUGCAGGAGCUUCAAAAAUAUCGCGCCGAGUUGCGCGCCCUUGGCACGGUUUUGGACAGCUCGUCCACUUACGAGGCUUUUAGUCACCGUGUGCACAAGGCAUCCAUGGCUGCAUUAGCACUCUCAGACCGCGUCGAGGCUGCGGCUCCGCUGCGUAGCGAGAUUCGUGCUUUGCGCAAGGCAGCGAGAAGCGAUCCGUUCAUUGAGGCGGUCGUGAAGUCGCUACCGCAGGAUGUGAUCGAGCACGGCGCACCUUCUGUUGGCCAGCUUCAGGAACGCUUCAAGGUGGUCAAGUCUGCUGGACACCGUACUGCCCUGGUGCCGGACCAAGGCGGGAUCAUGAGUCAAGUGUUGGGCACCGCCUUGUCCCUGCUAAUGAUUCCGCCUGGAGGUCCGAUUGAAGGCACCGACGCUGAUGCUGUUCUAUCUCGCGCCGAGUUCGCGUUGAGGGCGGGCGAUAUCGAGAAGGCCAUCGUGGAGAUGAAGGGUCUGUCUGGCCUGCCUGCGCAAGUCUCGCAGGACUGGAUUGCUGCUGCCGAGUCCCGGUUGGCAGUAGAGCAGACGGCAAAGGUGAUCAAGGCGCACGUGGCACUGCUCGCGGCAAGCUGCUCGUAA